CAGCUCUUGGAACACACUGCUGGGACCCUGCGCUCCACCUGCCAGCAACUGUAUAUACUGCUUGACAAGGAGAAUCACUGUUUCUGGAGACAAGGCAAGUAUUUCUUUCAUUUAUUCUUUCUCUAAGAAAUAUUGAUUGGGGCCACUCUGAGAGGAGUUAAGGAGCAUACAAAGAAGGCUAAGAUAUAGUCUCCGCCCAAAAAGGACUAACAAUUUAAUAGGGGAAAGAAGAUAAGACAAAUGCACAAUAAGGGAAGGGACAUUGAGGCCACUUCCAUUACAGACUUACAAAUGAAGUGUGUUAAGACUUCAUAAGCAGGCAAGAUCCCAUAUUUAGAGCAGGGAAUUGGGCAUUUUGCUAGAACAAAUGUGGUAUUUAAACUGAAGCUUAAGGAACGAAUUGGAUUUAUGCAGCUGGAACUUGGGAAUCUUGAAAGAACAUUCCAGGCAGAGAUAUUAUUAGCAGGAUCCAAGACUUAGAGGUAGGAAAAUAUAGGCCAAGUCUGAGGCAGAGCAAGUAGUUUUUCUAUAUUGGAAUAUGAUGUUCUCUUUUUAGACUUAUUUGAGCUUGACUCUAUUAGUUGCAAAAACACUGGGAAGACUGGGGUGAGCUAGGAUAUGGAAUUGGACCCUCUGACACACACUAGGAAGGGUGCAGUUUUUUGGGAGUAGUUAUAGAUGCUGAGAGGUCAGAAAAAAGGAAGAACAUGGUAUCUGAUGAAUAUGAUCCAAGACAACAGGUCUCUGAGAUCUCUUGUUACGCUAGACAAGAAAUUGGGGGGCAUGAUGAAAUCCAACUCAAUAAUACAGCAUCAAGGCAAGUGGGCAGGUCUCACCAAUCAGGAAUCCAGGGCACAAAAUGUUAAGAAAUUCAGUCUAGAGGGCAGAUACUGGGCUUAGGGGAAGUCUGUCCAAAGGCAGCAAGACCCAGAGACCAUCAGCUGGAGCUCAUAGCCAGGACUCAAGACUCUGGAGAGAAUUGAGUGUGGUCCUAGGCAGCAUAUCAAGACGAAUACUUAUUCAUGAAAAUGAUAAGGACUCAGCUACCAGAACAGGAGUUUGAAAUAAAGACAGGGUCUCAGGUACAAGAUAAAAGAACAAAUUGUCAGAACUAGAGCCCGAAGGUAAGCCCAGAUUAGUGAAAGGAUGAUUUAGUGAUGAUUCUGAAAACACUGAGUUAUGGAGCCUUAACUUACAUAUUCUUUAGCUCAGAAUUGAAUUCUAAAGAUUGGAAAGUUACUAAGUCUGCAAGAAGCCAUCAGGUGACCCCAGCUGUGAGGAGAGGAGGGACGAACAAAUAAGAGAAUGAAAUCAUUACUUUCAUAGACUGCCUCAUGAAAAUAAAUGAAUAUCUGGGGAGCACUGUUACGCUUCUAAAGAGAGAAGAAAAGGAGAUGUGUAAUUUAUGUGGCAUGCGUGAUGAAUGUGAUCCACUGCAGACAAUGCCUGCCAUUCAAGAUAUCAAAGCAACAGACAUUGCUGCAAGAGAGGAACAAAAUGUCAUAGAAACAGCUACUGUUUCUCCUGCAGAUGGAGAAGAAAGUCAUUACACAAACCAGGUCCAGUUAAAACAAAAUAAAACACAUAUGAGUUCAGAAAUAGUGGAAAAAGAAAACAAGACAUCAUUGAAUGGAGAUGGAACGGGGCAAGAAGAGUCACAGAACAAAAUGUUCCCAGAUAAUCCAGAAGUUGAAGAUAAUAAACAAAAAGAACACAUGACUGUUGAGAACAUAAAUGGCAGCAGGGAAGAGAUGCAUGACGUAAUCCAGACAACAGAAAGAGAAAUUCAAGGGACCUCAGAAAGUCAAAGAGAAGAGAUUACCACAUCCUCAGUAACAUGUGAUAUCUCCAAUGAAUAUGUGAAUAAUGUUCUUCCCAAUGAUUCAGAGAGUCUAAAGCAAAAGAAUAACAUAAUGGAAAAGGAGUAUCUUCAUGUGCUGAGUGAUGAUACUGGCCCCCAAGUGUCUUGUUACAUUACAGCACCAGCAUACGUUCUACAACAUCUAGAAUGCCGGAUAAUUAAUAGCAUGAGUUCUUUAAUAGUGAGUGAUAAUGAAGAGUUGGUCAGCAAUGUCAUCACUGUUGAGUGCUUAGAUAUGGAAAAGGGAAUUCCAUUUCCAAUAUGCAUAGCAAUUCCUUUUACGGCACGUUACAGGGGAAAUUACAGAGACAUCAUGGUGAAAGUGUCUGAUGUAAACCUUCAGACAAGUUACCUAACCCCAAAGGCACUGGAAAGACCACGAGGAAGUUACAAGGGGAUCUGUGCUGAAGUGAAAGUUUACAAGUUGGGUAUCUUUUCUGUUGUGUCUUGUUUAAAGAAAGAGUCCUUCACAAUAACAAAGAAAGGCCUUACUCUUAAGCCAAGCAUGGAUUCUCGAAUAUCCUUAAAUUACCCUCCAGGAGUGUUCAACUCGCCAGUGCUUGUACAGUUAAAGGUCCAACCAGUUGACCCCUCUCUGGUGGCAUAUUUAAAAACACAGCAAGAUACUUCCUACCUGGUACUAUGCACAAGUCCUCUGAUUCAUGUUCAGCACCCAUCAACACACCCUUUUCAGGAGCCAGUCACUGUAUUCCUACCUUGUUCUUCACAGCCUGAUAAAAAGAAUCUUAGCUCUGAGAUAGAGCCUAAAAGAACAGCUAGUGCCACAACAAACAAGAUUAUACCUUUAUACCUCAACAGGACAAAAAGUGCCUCUAUAAGAAAACCUGGGAACAAUACCUGUGAAUGUUUGAAAUUACUGGGAAUCAGAAGCCAAGACACCGGUUGGUUUGUGCUUGAUGAUGUUGUGGUGAGAACGAUGCAGAGUGGCUUGAUAUCAUUUGAACUGUGUGAACAUUUAGAGAGAUUCAUUGUGCUUCACCUGUCUUCCAUUGUGGACAAUAGCCAUUUGGUUUCUUUUGUGAAAUCUUUAGAGGAAGCCAUGCUCAGCACCACCGCCUGCAUUGUACUGUAUCAUCAGAAAGACAAUCCACACAGAGUUGUUAUUUUAGUGGUGCCGUCUAAAGAUUUAAACCAGGUGCUCAGGAACUUGCGUUUGGAAGCAUUCGGCAGUCCUCCAGAGCCCUCUCGCCAUUUCCAAGUAAAAGAAGGAGAACAACUUCUUUUAAGGUUUACUGGAAACAUAUUUGCUUCAAGCAAUGGGAAGGAUUAUGGAAAAGACCACAAGCUUAUUUUUCAUUUACAAAGAAAACCCAGGUUGGAACUCCAAAUCAAAGAGGUGGAUGAAUUUGGAAACUAUAGCUGCCCUCAUUAUAAGGGCACGAUUGAGGUUUAUAAAGUACCCAAGGAAAAGACAGACCCCAGCUUGGAUCAGUCUGUUACACUCAGUGAGAACAAUGAUCAGCUGCCAAUUUGCAAAUUAUCGUUGAGAUUGCCAAAGCAUGAAAAAUUAAUCAACCAUCCACAGAGAACCAAAAGAAUUUCUACAGAUCCUCUGGACGCCCUGUGGGAGAACUUGCUCUACUGGCUGGCGGAGGAGCUCUCGGAAGAAAAUGCCGAGUGUCUCUCCUCAUCCCUCCCUCUGCGCCGCAGCACCAUUCAGCUCAUCAAACUGAAGAACCCCGAUGAUCUCACUGAACAGAUCCACGCACUCCUUUGCUCCUGGAAAAAAUCACUCCCAAAUUCCACCGAUAAACUCCGCCUUCUGGCUCGCCAUCUCCGCAAGAUCGGCAGGAGCGAUCUUUCAAAAGAGCUCAAAUUCAAGUGGGAAAAUAAAGUGUUCACUGAACCACAGCCGUGGUUUGCUAUGGCAGAGUAAUGCCAGCUUGCUCCUUCUUUUGCCCUAGAAAAAGGUCAGAGUUGGUUUUAAGAUUGUUUCUGUCAAUAUUUUACCAGCAGUUCUCAAGUAAUGUUGUUUGAAGUGAAUCUUUUUGAUUGAUGUGCUGUUGAGACAAGCGGAGAAGCACUAAUCAGGCCAUAAGAAGCAUUCCUGGGUUUGAGCGUCCUUCAUGGUUCAGAGAUGUGUGUUCUGCAAGCAUGACUGUCUUGAGUUCAGCCAAACCAAAUAGCGUUGUAAUCGAGUUUGCCCUGCUUACAUUUUAAUAGCUGAGGUUGCUUUCUAAGUGAAAAGGAAAGAUAAUGACAUGCAGAAUCUCUUUUUUUUAUUGCUACCUACAUAAAAGUAAACUAGUUAUGCAGGAUUCCAAGCAACUAAUUCACAUUAUGCGCAUACCAUGGAGCCCGCAGGUAACAAUGAGAAAGAAAUUGGGCUGCAGAGCCCUGGUGUGGAAGAUGGCAAAUCACUUUAAGAACACAGACAAGCUUGAUUAAGAUUAAAAACAGAGUAACACUUCAACCAUUUACUGCCACAAAUUUUUCUUUUAUUAAAAACGUAGCUUGGAAUAGGGAAAAUCUCAUAUUUUAGUAUGAGUGAAAUGAGAGAGUGCACAGAAAAUGAAACAUCAGUGAAAGAAUUCAGGGCCUUUUUCACCUGCUUAGGAAAACAACCUGCUUUCAAAUCAGUUUGGCAGAAACCUUAUUACUUAAGCUCUAUAUGUGCAUCGUUAAAAAAACCUACCUGUAAAAAUCCCCAAAACUAAAAUAAAAAACUAAUAAUCCCAAUGCCCUCUAUCAUUGAUAAUCCUGAUCCUGUGUAGCAUAUAAGCUUUGAGACCUUGGAAAGCCUAAAGCACUGGGGCUCCCCAGUGUGAUACCUGUGGGGGAUUGCUGUUACCAAAUUGCUGUUACCAAUUCGUUAAUGCAAAACCAUCGGGGCCUUGACCUGCAAACAUCCGUAGUGAUUUGUUUAUAUUAUUGAAUACCUGAAAAUUAAUGAAAUUGGAUGGAACAUUAAAUAUUUAUAUGGUUUUGAAAUGUAAAGACAAGAUUUCCUUCUACAAAUUAACCAGGGACUUAGAUGUCUAUUUGGUUAUAUAUUGGAAAAGAGGACUCCAAUUUUCCAACACAUUCCUAUUAAGAAACAUUUUGUUAGUCAAGAUUUGUAUUAUUUUUACAUGUUUCCAAAAGGUACAAUAUUUUUCAUGUGUCCUUGGAAUGAAGGAAACACUGAAAUGUUUAUUGUUCUUAUGACUACAAAAUAACAAAAAGGUAAAGAAAAUAAAAUUCACAUCUUCUUCCAAAACUGAUUGCCAUUAUGAAUAUUUUGGCAUAUUUUCUUCCAGUUUUUCUUUUUUCCUGGAAGGACAUGUUCCUAUUUCUGUGUAUAGAUGUAUAUAAGCAGUCACCUAUGUGCUCACGUGCACACACACACGAAUACAUAUAAUCCCCUCACACAUAUUGCCUCACCCAUUCACCUCCUCCGUACUCUCUCCCUCACUCACAUUUCCUCACACCCCCUCUCCAUGUCCUCAUACCCCCGUAAGGACUCUCACUUAUUCAAACACACAUCCCCUCCCACACACCUCUCACAAACACACUCUUGAACACAUACCUACCUCUUACACGCACACAGACUCACAUCCACAUUCGUCCUUGCGUGUACCCUGUCACAAACACAGGUCCACCCAUGUACCUCACUCCCACCUCUCUCAUACCCACUUAUUUACAUACAACCCUCUCAUGCAUACAGUCUCUGAUCCACUUGUACACUCUCACAUAUGCUUUCACAAACUCUCUCACACAUACCUCACUCCCGCGUCUCAUACACACAUUACUCAUUAAUAUACAUACCCCACAGACACAGGCGUGCAGACAAAUACACCACCUCACAUUACCCGUAUACCUUCAUAUACCAUACACGGUCGUACACUCUCUUCUCACACACCCCACUCCCACCUCUCUCUCUCGCUCAUUCUUGCUCUCUCACUUUCUCACACACACACACUCACUCAUUCAUGUACUUCACAUACAUACCCUUACAGGCACCCAUCACUUCAUACACACACACUUUGACACACAUCUUUUCCCAGAAUUAAAAAAAAUGCUUAUCUUAUUGCAACAGUAAAAUGAUACAAAGGUAAAUAAAGGAAAAAAUGGAUCACCUCUUCGGCACUUCCUCUCCCUUAGGUAAUAGAAGGAAUCAGUCUGAUAUGUGGCACGUGGCUCACGUGUUCAGGGUGCCACAUCCACAUCUCACCCUUGUGCACCCUCUUCCCUUUCUGGUGGGCUGACCUGUGUGGACCUCAUCAGCAAUGCUCCGGCUUCUCAUUGGGUUUGGGGAAUGGGGCGCCCCAGCAGGAGACGGGGUGGAGGGAGGAGAGUGAGUUAGACUAUUGCCCUUUCUUCCUUCCUUUGAAUUCACCAGGGCCAGGCUGUGUCCCUCACCCAAAGGCCACUGCUCCCCUCCUCGCUAGGCGACUCUCUCUCGGGUUUUGGGAACUGCUCUUCCUCUCGUCUCUUCAAGUCUGGGGUUGUCACAGCUCUAUGGCUGCACUGUCCCUUGUGGUUCUCCUAUAUCCUGCCCACCCUUUUAAGAUAAAACCUCCUCUGAUUAUCCUAAUUUGAGUGUAUCAUAAGUUUUUUAUUGAGACUCUGACAGACACUUUUCAUAGGGACCAUACAUAUAUUUUUUUCUAGAACGGGGUUCAUAUAUUAUACAGUUUUAAAUAUUAGUCUUAUAUUAAAUUAUGAGCAUUUUCCAAUGUCUUUAAAUGUUUUAAUAGCUGCAUAAUAUCCCAUUUCAUAGUCAUGCCAUAAUCUUAGUAUUACCUAUUUUUUAAAAUUUAAAAAAUGCAAUGAUGCAGUAUAUAUUCUCUUAUCUCUCGCUUUUUUUAUUCAACUUUAUGUUGUUGAAAUUCAUCCAUGUUGUUUGUAUGUCCCUUCUUACUAAUGUAUAAUAUUCCCUUUUAUGCAUGUACUACAAAUUCCAUCUCUCUUCCACUGUAGAUGGCAUGUCAGUAGAUUCUAGUUUGGAGCUAUCAUGAACAAUGUUUUAUGAAAAUUCGUAUAUACCUUUUAGUGAACAUAUAUAUUUAUUUCUUCCAGGUAUAUACCUAAGAGUACAAUGAUUAGUUGCCAUAAUUAACUUAAACUUUCCCCUUUUGCUGUGUAUUCAGGUGACUUCCUUCUUUUCCUAAAAAUAAUACUGUGGUGGCCAUUUUUCUACCCAUGUAUGUAAAUUAUUAUUUCACUAGCAUAAAUUUUUAGAAGUAGGAUUACUUGCUAGGAGCAUUUUCAAGGCUUUUGAUACGCAUUGCCAAUUUGCCAUUUUAUAUUCUAAUCAUCAUGUUGUAAAGAUUCUUAGGAAAACAGUAUUUUUAAGUCUAUAUACAAAUGGAUUAACUUGAGGCACAUAACAUGAUAUUCUGUAUCAUAGAUAAGCUGGAUUGUCUUCAAUUGCUCUAUUGAGACAAAAAAGAGACUGGCUUAAAUAUUUUACAAUAUUUUCUCUACUAAUGAAGAGAGUACAUUCCAUUGCCAUUGCCAUUUUUAAAAGUAUCAGAAGGAGAAACAAUAUAGAAGACAUAUGAACAGAUUCCAGGAUGUCAGACAGCUUGUGGUAUCAAUACAUAGCUAAAUUACAAUGAAAGGAACGUUAAAUUCAUUCAUUCAAUAGGUAUACAUUGAACACAACCUCGGGAAAACGCAAGCUGUCCAAUGCUAGGAACACAAAAAUGAGUAAGAGACAGUCACCUGGGUUAGGUCUUCUGUUUAAAGGAAGAAUGAAUGACCAAGAUCAACAUAGUGUUUAUUGCCUGUAAUGAACCAGGCUCUUUGUGCUUUGCCCUGUACAAGUACUCACUUGUUUAAUCCUCCCAACGUCCUGUGAGGUAGUGCACCGCCCCAUUUUACAAGAGAGGAAAUUGGAGGUUAGAAAGAUUGAGUGCCUUGCCUAAGAUUAGAAAUGAGUGACAGGAUUCAAAUACAGGCAGUUGGCUUGGCUUCCACCAUACCAUGUUGCCACCAAGCUAAGGAGACGAAAGAAAGGAAAUGGACAUAUCUAUCAGCCUAAAAUUUCUUUAUUCCUACUCCUCAUUUUGCAAAACAACAUUUAUAAUUCAUAUCAAUGGUGCAAAUAGACAUUAAUUUUGAGGAUAGGUGGGGGAGGGGCAGGAGGUGGGAGGAGAGUGUGAUGUUGACAUGAUUGAUAUUUGUCUCAGAUCAAUUAGUUAAAUGCUCUCUUAGACUUAAGAGACUGACAGGUUAGGGUAAUAUUGCAAAUUGACCUAACACAAAUUGGUGAUGUGUAAAUAUUGGGCUAUUUCCAGCAGAUAUCAGUAGUCACCAAUAAUUAGAGCUACUUUGACACAACUUGGCUACUCAGGCACAUCAAGAGCCCUUCAAAAUAGUGGUUGCAAAACAGGACCAUUUAGCAAUUAAGCAUUGGGUACCAUUCCUGAGGUGCCUGUUUUAUAGCAUAGAUGGGUAAGAAUGCUUUUACCAUUUAGAGUCAAUCUACAUAUCUUGAAUAACAACCAUUUCACUAAUGAAAACCCAUUACAAUCAUCAUUUUCCUAAUUAUUAAGCACGAAAUUUGACAAAUAAAAUGUUCUAACACUUAUUAUUCUGAUUAACAAGACCUAUGAUAAACCACAGCUACCUUGGUCAAAUGCUUACCGUAUCUGGAAUGUAAAUUAUGAUUAGAGCAAUUGAUUAUUCCUAAAAAAUAUAGCUUAAAUGAACACACACACAAUGUCACAUUGUAUAUUCCAAAGUAUUAUAAAGUAAAAUUGAAACACUUUAACAAGUAAGCUGGGUAGGCUUUGCAUCAUAAUCCAAUUUUCAAAAUAGCUAAAUUUUAUGGGGUGAGUUCUGUUUUCCUAAUCCAGUGUUUCUCAAUGGUGGUCUUAUUGGCAUUUUGAAUGAAAUAUAUACAUUUUAAGUCACCUGAACUGGCUCAUGCAUUGCAGGCCAUUCAGUAUUGCUGACUUCUGUCCACCAAAUGCACAGAGCACCCCCUCACCCUAGUAAGUGUGAAAAACAAAAUUCCUUCCAUGUAGUUGCAGUCAUGGGGGUCGGGGGCAUUGGGAGAGAAUGGAAGCACUAUACUGGAUUUAAGAAUUGGAUACCGUGGACCUUGAGAGAGGAUGUUGAGAACCACUGUUUUAAUCAAAUUUUGGCUUGAAGCAGGGCAUAAAAGAAACAGGUAGAAUAAGUUAAGGGAAAUUUAGAACAUUAUAAGCAAAAGAGGACCCUACCUUAAACUCUUCAACUGCUAUCAGUGUUUGCAAGAAAUGUCCACUGCCCAGAAACAUUCUCAGUGAGUGGUCUCCUUUGAAUUAUAAUCCAGAGCUGUGCUACAGAACACGAAGUUUUUCUAAGGUACAGAGUGAGACUCCCUGAAGUUAGAAGAGCAGCAGUUCAGAAGAAGAGGGAAAUACUGAGUGAGGUCAAAUGGUGGCUGAUACAGGUCCUGGGUUUGCCCCGUAGCUUCACCAAACACGUCUUCUGUGAUCUCACCUCAUCAGAAUGCCCCUGUGCUAUGUCUAGAUGUAUUGACACACGUCACAUCGUUUAAUCCUUAAUUGGCUCCUUCUCUCUUGUUUCCUCCACUGACACUUUCAACGUCCUCUACUCUGCAAUUAAUUACAUAACACAGUGACUAAUUUGCAUUUUACUUAUGGUUAUUACUUAUGUUUUGAACACCCCACCUUAGUGCAUGCUACGCAAAGGUCAGGGAGCUUGAGUCUUUUGUUCAGUGAUGUGAUCCUGUUACUUCGAAUUCUGUCUGGCACUCAGUGAAUGCUUGUCUGUUUUGUUAUCCUUACUUCACAAAUGAGAAAACUAACUCAGACAUAGAGUGACACUUAGCCAGUGGUGGAGCCUGGCUUAGAGCCCAGAUGAUUCCGUUUUCAAAGUCCUUUGUCCCUUACUUCCAACUUUCUGCCACCAGCUACCCCCCGACCCCAAGUCUUUUCUCUUCCAUAACUCUAGGUAAUAUUUCUAGUUCUGUGAACACCCAAGACUGGGCUAAUUGGCCAGGGUACCCUAGUCUGAAGUCUAGUUAUAGCAAUUCUAUACCCUGUUGUAAUUGCUUAUUUAUCUGUGUUUUUCUCAAACCAGUUGGUAAGUUUCCUGAGGGCAGAGACUGAACUUUGUUCAUCACUGAAUUUCUAGUACCCUGCACGGGUCCCAGCACACAGUAGGCAGUCAAUAAGUCUUUGUUGAGUUACGCAUGAAUAACAUCUACACACUGACAUGCUAGGACUCUCUUUUACUGUUCCAUCUUCCUUCUGGAAGCAACCCUGUGGUGGCAGAUGUCAUGUCUGAAAAGGUGAAAGUUAGCUCGGACUAUAAACAUCUGCCCUGCCAUUGAUUAGGCUGGAAUAACAGACACAGCUGAAGCCAGCUGCAAAGUUAACAGGAUUCAAUAUUAGUCCCCAAGACACACCGCAGCUAUAAAGUGUCACCUUCUUUGAGUGACUGCUGCCUUCUUACACAUUGAGAAACUGCUCUCCAAAAUCAGAGACUAUCAGAAACUUUGCUGUUUGAAAUCAGAUCAGCAAGAAAGAAAUAUCCCUCUCUUGCCUGGAGGAUUUAAGUCACUUUGACACUGAAAAACAGUCUCAACUAACAACCCAGGCGCAGAGCUUCAGAUAAAGGGUUUCUGGAUAUGACAUUGCAGAAUUAUCUCAAGAUUAAUGUUUCCAAGGAAACAAGGCUCAAGGUCCACUUAGCCAUGCCCAUCUGAUGUUGAUCCCCUUACAUAAGCUCUGCUUUGUUUUGAGCCUGUCAAGAUGCUUAACUCCACCCUACUCCUCUGUCCUAAAAUAACUCUCUUUGCCUUUGUCUAGUGAGACACCAUUGUUCCCUUGGCAUGCAAUCUCCCUCAUUGCAAUGAGUCAAUAAACUCCACUUUGCUGAA